AUGAGCCGCUUUGCUGUGAGUGCUAUCGCCCAGAAACUGCACUUCUCCAGUGAGGAGGAGGAGGAGGAGGUGGUCGUGGCUGAGGCCAAGCUGUCUGACUUCCUUCGAGUCCAAGAAGUAGCUACAGUCCCCUCGGCCUCCCGGAGAGCGUGUGUCUCCCCCUUCAGCCGCUUCCCAGUGGGGACCGAAGUGGCUCCUCUGUCCGGCGAAAGGAGGAGAGCACGGGGCGCCAGGAGCCGCCUGCCUGGGAGAAGUGAGUGUCCCGGGACCCCCAUCGACUGUAUGAAUUGGAGGAAGCUGCGGCUCUGUGACACACCUUACACCCCCAAGUUACAAAAAACACCAUCCAGGCUUCAGAUGUGUAUGACCAGGCUAGGACUAGGGAAUCAGGCAGUGAAAGAAAACAGCCUCUUCUCCAAGGCUGGUCAGCUCUCGGCUGCCACCAAAGGUCCCAUCUCCAGGAUUCGCCGGCCGCUGGGGUUUUCUGAUGGCCCUGAGCAUCUCCGGGUCCCUUCGGUGAAUGUAAACCCCUUCACCCCCACGUUGUACCACGAGCUGGGCCUCACCCACAGUGCAAAGAGUCAGAAAUCUGGAAAGAGGAAGAAAAGGAUUGAAGAUCGAGGCAGGAAAGACCUUCCAACUAGAGAUGGUGACAUAACUGAGGAAUUGCUGCAGUCUCAGCAAUUUAACCUCCGAGAGAGCAGCAUGGGCUCCCGUUAUGCCCUGGAGUUUUAUGAGUUGGAGAAGAUUGGCUGUGGCGAGUUUGGGGCUGUCUUCAAAUGUGUGAAGAGACUCGAUGGCUGUCUAUAUGCCAUCAAACGGCUGAAGAGACCUCUGUCUGGGUCUGUCGAUGAGCAGACUGCUCUCCGAGAGGUGUAUGCUCAUGCAGUGCUGGGACAUCAUCCUCAUGUGGUGCGGUACUACUCUGCCUGGGCAGAGGAUGAUCACAUGCUGAUACAGAAUGAGUACUGUAAUGGUGGCAGUCUGGCAGAUGCGUUGCUGGAGAACUUACAAGAAGGAAUCUUACUUGCCGAGGGGGAGCUGAAGGAGAUUCUACUGCAGGUGUCGAUGGGACUGAAGUAUAUUCACAGCUCCAGCUUGGUCCAUAUGGAUGUCAAACCAAGUAACAUCUUCAUCUGUCGGAGAGUGACCCCUGAUGGGACGGCAUGUAUGGAAGAUGAUAGUGACGCUGAUGAAGAGGGAGCCUUGGUCACCAAUGUACUGUACAAAAUCGGUGACCUUGGCCACGUGACGUCAAUCAGCAAUCCACAGGUAGAGGAAGGAGAUAGCCGUUUCCUGGCAAAUGAGGUUUUGCAAGAGGACUAUUCGAAUUUGCCAAAAGCUGAUAUCUUCGCUUUGGGUCUCACCAUGGCAUUAGCAGCAGGAGCAGAGGAACUGCCUUCGAAUGACAUGGCCUGGCAUUACAUCAGGAAGGGCAACCUUCCCACAAUUCCUCAGCAACUGUCACAUGACUUUCUCAGCCUAUUGAAACUUAUGAUUCACCCAGAUCCUACAGAGAGACCAUCUUCCGCUGGACUGACCAGACAUCCUGUCCUUCGUCGGAAUUCUAGGAAGCUGGCCUCUCAGCUCCGGAAAGAGCUCAAUGUGGAGCGAUUCAGGACAGCUAUGUUGGAGAGGGAGCUGAUGAAGGCCAGACUCUCUCAGGGCUUCUCACAGGCUGACCCUAAAUCCCUGCACCCAGUCAAGAAAUCGGUCCUUCCAGAGAACAGGAGCCAAAGACUUGUGGGGGCUCGAAGUAGCCGCUCCAUUAGCUUCAAUUGUGUUGGAUACUGAGGGCUACACAAGUGGAGAUAGGAGACCAGAGAAACUAGUUGAGUGGCUGUGCC